AAAAUGCAAGGGCAGAAAUGUAGAUAGAGCAAACACUUAAAAUUCCAAACUAUUUCCUCCAACAAAAAUUUAAUUUGCUCAACAAAGAUUUAAAAAAAAAGGCAAAUUCAAGCAUGGAUCCCAUCUUCCACAUCCUAAAAAUCGUACCCUUCUCCAUUCUCCGGCCACCGCGCCUCCGCCUGAAGGUGCCAACAGUGACACUUCCAUCACCAAUGACAGUGUUCGCCGUCGUUCUUCUGACCUACUUCAUGGUGGUCUCCGGCGUGCUGUACGAUAUGAUCGUGGAGCCACCCGGAAUCGGAUCUAUCCAAGACCCAGUUACCGGAUCCGUAAGACCCGUAGUUUUUCUAGCCGGAAGAGUGAACGGGCAGUACAUAAUCGAAGGAUUGUCGUCCGGGUUUAUGUUUGUUCUUGGUGGAAUUGGUAUUGUGCUGCUGGAUCUUGGUCUUGAUAAGAGUCGGGCUAAAUCCGUUAAGGUUUCGUAUGCUUCUGCUGGGGUUUCUUCCAUUGUUAUUGCUUAUGUUAUGAGUAUGCUUUUUAUUCGUAUUAAGAUCCCUGCUUAUCUUAGGUAGGUCAAAUCUGUUGUUUAUUUAUGCAAUUUUGGAUUGGUCAAAAUGAACAAAGAUUGUUAAUUUAGAGAAAAAAAUCAGUUAAUUUAUGACAAAGUUCAUCAAUUUCUGUUUUUU